UAUUUUGGAGUUGCGUCUAGUGAGAAGAUUAUAACAAAUGGCGACGGAGAAAAGUGGAAAUGUGAUGAAUUUUUCUGCUGAACAAUUUCAAAAGCUGCUUUUUCAACAGCAAGCUCAAAUGGAGGCGCAAAUGAAAAUGAUUGAAAAUCUGACAAAAUGCUUGAGUUUGCAGACAACUGGAGCAGCGACGCGGGACACGCAGGCGAGUUCUGUUGAUCUUCUCACGAACGCCAUCACUGAAUUCCAUUAUGAUGCGGAUUCUGGAUGCACUUUCGAAGCGUGGUUCAAACGCUGGGAAGACAUGUUCCAGACGGACUUCAUUCGUCAGGACGACUCCUGGAAGGUGCGAUUGCUACUCCGCAAGCUCGGAAUAAGUGAACAUUCAAGGUUCAUAGACCACAUUUUGCCCAAACAGCCGAAGGAUCUGACAUUUGACGAAGCAGUGUCGCAGUUGAAGGAAAUUUUUGGUGAGUCGGUGUCCUUGUUUAGUAUUCGCUAUCAAUGCCUGAAAAUUGUCAAACAGGAAUCUGACGACUUUGGGGCCUUAGCAGACAUGAUUAACCGUGAGUGUGAACGUUUCAAACUACGCUCUUUAACGGACGAUCAGUUUAAGUGUCUCAUUUUCGUCAGUGCUCUACAAUCGCCCAGUGAUGCUGAGAUCCGAACGCGGCUUUUAGCUAAGCUGGAGCAGGAUCCUGAUCUGACACUGAAGGCCCUCGUAAGCGAAUGCAAACGGCUUCUCACUCUAAAACACGACACUGCCAUGGUCGAACGCAAUGGUCUCGCACCAGCAGAUACCGUGCAACUCGUGAAAAAGACCAGGACCGCCAACGCAAGCAAACCCUUCAAGAGGCCUACGAAGAAACCGCCCACAGCAUGCUGGUCAUGCGGCGAAUGGCAUUUCGCUCGCUUUUGUCCCUUCAAACAUCAUAUUUGUCAAACGUGUCAUAAGCGUGGGCAUAAAGAGGAAUGCUGCAGUCAAGUCCGGUCGAAGAAAGUGCAGAAGUCUUAUCGAAAGGUUAAUUCUAGAAGGGACGGCGCUGAGUCUCUGUCCAUAGUUGCCGCAUUCCAAAGCGAGUGUAAACCGAGACGACGAUUCAUCACUGU